AUGGCCAGCUACCCAAUGGAAGAGAUCACCGGCAAAUGGGUGAUCGAGACCGUGAUGCCGGACUUGGCGGUAAUGCUCAAGGUCGACGAGGUGCUUUAUUCGGGGCACACGGGAUACCAGCGAGUUGAAGUUGUGCAUUCCGAGGUGUACGGGCGCAGUCUGCUCCUGGACGGGAAAACGCAGUCAACCGAGCGGGACGAGCACAUUUACCACGAGACCCUGGUCCACCCGGCCAUGCUGCUGCAUCCCGAUCCCCGUCGGGUUUUCAUCGGCGGCGGCGGCGAAGGCGGAACACUGCGGGAAGCCCUCGCGCACCGCUCGGUGGAAAAGGCGGUCAUGGUCGACCUCGACCGUCAGGUGGUUGAUCUUUGCCGUGAGCACCUGCCUCGGCAUCACCAGGGAGCGUUCGACGACGGACGGGCCGAGGUAGUAUUUGACGACGCCCGCAGAUUCCUGGAGUCGACUGACCAGUCCUUCGACGUGAUGAUAAUGGACCUCGUCGAUCCCCUGGAGGGCGGCCCGGCGUAUCUCCUGUAUACCAAGGAAUACUACGAAAUCGCGCGUGCGCGGCUGAACCCGGGCGGGAUCCUCGUCACGCAGUCCGGCCCUGCCGGGUUUCUGAGCUUGCACGAGUGCUUUACGACCAUUUACAAAACGCUGGAAAGUACCUUCACCCACGCGGCUCCCUGCCAGGUCCACGUUCCUUCCUUUAUCACCCUGUGGGGAUUUACCAUUGCGUCGGACGCUCCCCUGGGUGACCUUACUGCCUCCGAUGUCGACCGGUUGAUCGAACAACGGGUUGCCAAGCCGCUGCGGCACUACGACGGACUAACUCACGAAUCCAUGUUCGCCCUGCCCAAGCACGUUCGGGACGGCAUUGCCGCGGAGACCCGCAUCAACCGGGACGACUCCCCGGUCUUCAUGAUUUAG